CCCGCCCCGUGGGGGCUGCCGGGGGCGGCCGGCGCCAGAGGGAAUUCCGGGUCUUCCCCGGGGAGGGCUGGGCUGGGGCUGCGGGCGCCGGCUAUAAAGCGGCGGCGCGGAGCGGAGCGGCAGCAGCAGCCGGCAGCCCCAGCCCGGCGCGGAGAAGCAAACCUGAGGUCCAGUCCCAAGCCACCGGAGACCUCUCUGAUGGCCACCACUUCAGCGACUGCAGCUGCUGCAACCCUCAGCGCUAUGCAAGCCCUGUGUACGCUGGAGGCAAGUCAUUUAUCCAUGUGGAUGUUUGGUCUCCUGCUUUCCCUGACUGUGCUUGGCUCCAGCUCCGUGCCCACCUACCCAUGGAGAGAUCCCAUGACUAGAGAAAGAAUCAUGUGCCAGCAGUGCCCGCCAGGGACCUUUGUGGCACAGCACUGUACCAAAGACAGACAGACUUUGUGUAAACCGUGCCCGGAACUGCACUACACGCAGUACUGGAACUACCUGGACGAGUGCCGCUACUGCAACGUCAUCUGUGGAGAGCAGGAGGUAGAAGUCCACCAGUGCAAUGCCACUCACAACCGCGUGUGCCAGUGCCAGGAAGGCUAUUACUCCAACUCUGAGUUCUGCAUCAGGCACUCCGAAUGCCCCCUGGGGCACGGCAUGGUGAAACCAGGCACUCCCUUUGUGAACACGAAGUGCGAGGAGUGCCCCCCAGGCUUUUUCUCGGACGUCAGCUCCAGUACCAAGCCGUGCCAAGCGCACCAGAACUGCCGGCAGCAGGGCAAGCUCACCAACGUCCCAGGAAAUCAGUUCCAUGACACUCGGUGCACUACCUGUGGCAUGGCCAAGGGCAAUGGCACCCAGGAGGCAGGUAAGGAGGACUGCAAACAAGCUGUGAUAGACUUUGUGGUUUACCAGAACAUCCCAAUGAGAAAGCUGAAGCGCCUUCAGCAACUCCUGGAGCAGCACUCCACAAGGAAGUAUUCCCAGGGGAAUAGGGCUGCCGUUCAGGAGAAGUUUCGGGCGUACCUCCUCCAGCUGAAAGAGGAUCACUUGGAGCUCACCAAAGAACUACUGAUUGCACUGCGGGCAGUGAAGCUGCAUGAGAUAGAAGAGGAGGUCAGGAAGCGCUUCAGCUUGGCUUCUGAGAUCUAACCAAACAACUUGGUUAUUUUUUAAAUUCUGGCUUCUUUAAUUUAUUAACCUAACUCAAGUUAUGCCUUGGAGAAGUUGAUUGGUGGGGUAUGACUCAGACACAUUCCCUCACUCUCACCUGUUGCACUGCAUUCUGGCAGCUGACCAUAGUCGUGGAUUGUAUGUGUGUAUGUGUGUGUAUGUGUGCAUCUCUGUGCACACUGUCUUUCUAACUUUGCUUCAGAUGAAGCCUAUUAUACAAUAAGUAAAUGGUUGUGUCUGCACUGGAAGGGGACUUCUUUGUCACAAGGUGGCUGAGAAGUCUAGGAGGAUCUUGUGCUCUCUAUUCUCUAGCCCAACUUCUCCAGUCAUGGGGUCAGUAUUGUUCUCUUUAUCAGGGCAGACACAAAGCACUUGAUAGCUGAUCACUGAGUGAUGGUCACUGCCAUCCUCUGUUUUAUUGUGUUGUAUUUUUUUAACCUUUCUGAUAUGUUCUCUGGGGACUCCUUUGCAUUUUUGUCUGUCAAAUUGCUUUUUAAAGGGGAGGGAGGAGUGGGGGGGCGGAUUUCUGCCAAGACAGAAAUCAGGUCUCAUGUUGCUGGCUACGGCCUAUUUUAAAUUGAUUUCCAAACUGUGUUGUUUUUAUGAUGUAUCAUGUUUGUUUUCUAUGAAGAAAUGUAAAGAUGGUAUGGAUUACAAUUAUGAAUUUGG